GUAAUGUCGGCUGGGUAUAAGGAAAGCGAUAUCUUGAGCGGCUUUCAGCCUCCUUUCGAACAUUUUUCCACGCAGGCUCUUCAUGUGGGGCAGGAUCCCGGACAGUGGAGUUCAAUGGCAGUCGUGCCUCCAAUUUCCAUGUCAACCACGUUUAAGCAGAUUGGCCCGGGGAAACAUGCGGACUUUGAAUAUAGCCGCUGUGGAAAUCCGACGCAGAAUUGUUUGGAGGAAGCCGUCGCAGCACUUGAUGGAGCAAAAUAUGGCUUGGCAUUUGCAUCUGGUCUGGCAACUGCAAUGACUAUUGCUCACCUUUUGAAGUCUGGUGAUGGUGUUAUUUGCAUGAAUGAUGUAUAUGGAGGUACUAACAGGUACUUCAGCAGAGUUGCAUCUGAAAUGGGUUUGGAAACUUGUUUUGUUGACUGCACAUCAUUGAAGUGCCUGAAGGAAGCAAUUAAACCAAACACCAAGCUUGUCUGGAUUGAGACUCCUACUAACCCUAUGAUGAAUGUUACUGACAUCAAAGCUUGUGCAGAAGUUAUACACGAGCAUGGAGACAUCAUUCUGGUGGUCGACAACACCUUCAUGUCAGCUUAUUUCCAGCGUCCUUUGGCCCUUGGCGCUGACAUCUGUAUGUAUUCUGCAACAAAGUACAUGAAUGGUCAUUCUGAUGUAGUCAUGGGCUUGGCUUCCAUGAACCGUGAAGACCUUUAUCAAAAAUUGAAGUUCUUGCAAAACGCUACUCGUGCUGUUCCUUCUCCAUUUGAUUGUUUUUUGUGUAAUCGUGGCUUAAAGACGUUAUUCCUUCGAAUGAAGCAACACUUUAAGAAUGCACUGGCUGUAGCCCAGUUUUUGGAGGCAGAUCCUCGGGUGAAGAAGGUCUUUUUCCCAGGUCUCCCUUCCCAUCCACAAUAUAAGGUGACAAAACAGCAGUGCACUGGAACUUCAGGCAUGAUUGCUUUCUUAAUUAAAGGAAAUCUGGAAAAUGCCAAGAUAUUCCUUGAAAACCUAAAAAUGUUUUCCCUUGCUGCCAGUUUGGGAGGAUAUGAAAGCCUAGCUGAGCAUCCGGCAAUUAUGACACAUGCUUCUGUACCAAUUGAGGAGCGCAAAGCAUUGGGGAUCAGCGAUACCCUAAUCAGAUUAUCCAUUGGUUUGGAGGAUGUUACAGACAUCAUUGAAGACCUACAUCAAGCUCUAAAAGCUGCAGUAAGAAAGCAGAUCUAA